AAUCCUUUAGUAUGAGCCAAAAAAACCCUUCUGACUUCUGCGUGAAUCACUCUGCUAGCUUCCAAUGACACCGACCAGUCCUUUGAUCCCAGCCAGGACCUUAUCUCUGUUUCUCGCGUAGGACCAAGCAAACUUUUGAACCCUCCUGUAACCUUGCCAGAAAUGACAAGUGGAGAAGUGACAUAUGCAGACCUGAGGUUUAUAACACUGGAAAAAUCCCAGGACCAGGAGCUCCAGACUGCCAGAGCAAAAGAUUCCCCCUUUCCAUCUUCCUGUUGGCGACUGGCUACAGUAGUUCUUGGGGUCUUCUGCAUAAGUUCAGUGGCAGCUGUAGGAGUCUUGGCUGCCAGGCGACAUAAAUGUAUUCCUUGUCCUGAGAACUGGCUACAGCACGGGGAGAACUGCUACCACUUUUCAAAGGAAUGGAAAACUUGGCAAGAAAGCAAGACUCGGUGCUCUGCUCUGGAUUCCAGACUUCUUAAGAUAGAGAGUAAGGAAGAGCUGGACUUCACAAUGCGAUCAGCAGAGCUUUACGGUUCUGACUCUUUCUGGAUUGGGCUGUCGCGCAAUGGAGCUGAGGGGCCCUGGCUGUGGGAGGAUGGAUCAGCUUUCUCCCCUGAUCUGUUUCAGAUCCGAGCCAGCUCAAGUCCUUUCCUGGAUUGCGUGUGGCUUCAACGUACAAACAUAGACAAUGCAGGAUGUGGCGAGUACAAAUUUUACAUUUGUGAGAAAGUGGUGGAUCCUGCGGUGGUCGAGCAAGCGAGCUACUCAAGGAAGCGCUAGCGUGCAGAGCUCUGCGGAGCCCCGUCCUGGGAUAUGCUGUUGUGGGGGUGAGUUCUGCCCCAUGGUCUGCGACAGGGAAAAUGAUUCUGAGCUCAGGUUAAUGUAACAUCAGGCAUAAUCUAAGCUUAACUUGCCCUCUGGCAAUGCACAUCAGCCAGAUUCCUUCUUGGACUUUUUUUUAAAACAACUUCAUUCCCUCUUUCUUCUUUCAGCCCUUGUAUUCUUGUGAAACUGUUUCUAUCCACUUCUCAAAAAUUCCUUUCUAAAUGAAACAAAAAUAAGUAUAUGAUUUCAGAACUCUAUUUUAAAGAUUCAUACCUAUCUCCCAGAAACAGGAAUUAAUGACUGUUUGUAAAAGCAACACAUCAUGUUUUCAAAAAUAUAUCCACUGGUUAUUCACGGAUGUGAGCUCCCAAUUUGCAAUAAAUUUCCAAAUAUUUGAUUUAAUUUCACUCCCCACCUGUGAUAACUAGAAAGUGCAACAGAAUCAUCCUGAAUCAGAAGAUAAAUAAAAAUAUUUCUAGUUCUCCUGGUCAGAGAAAAGAGCUUUCAAAUUGGAUUGCAUGCCUUUUGGGCUUAUAACCCUGAAGGCGAAGACACAACACAUUUUUAUUGAGGGAAGUCAGCAAUGUUUAAUGCCCAGGACUUCCAGUCCUGCCACUAGUGGAUUGUUCUGCAGCACUGGGCAUUAGUGGGGAAAAUGCAUUCCUCUAAGACAUCUGUCCUGAUAAUUAUCCGUGUCACACUUGAUCCAAUUCUUUGAUUUCUCAAAUCCAUUUUCCAUUUUGUUGCUGAAUUUCACAACUGGAAUAAAUAUGGCUGCUACUGA